UUGGCUCCACUUGGCUACAAACAUCACGUGUCUCAGCUCUCAGUGAAAGGAGGAAAGUGUGGGAGGGAGUUUGUCUUUGUGGUUGAUUUCGACUCGGAGAUCAUGGCGUCGGGAUUUGUAAAGACCCGAGACGGUCAAACAAUAGCUGCCCUUGCUUUGAGCUGUGCUGCAAUAUGUGAUAGUAAGGAUAACAUCCGUUUGCUAGUUGCUGGUGGAAUGCCUGUAAACGCACGAGCCAAGACUGGGUGGACUGCACUGCAUGUCGCGGCGAUCGUCGGGCGCCCUGCAGCGGUGAAAUGUCUGCUGGAGUGUGGUGCAAAUGUCAAUGCGAGGAGUGACAAGCAGGAGACACCCCUACACUUUGCCGCAUUGUAUGGCAGAGUAAAGGAAGUAGAGCUGCUGAUUGCUGCCAAAGCGGACCUGGAAGUAGCCGACGAGAUGGGGGACACACCCCUGCAGUUGGCUGCGGCAUGGAACCAUGAGCGUGUGGUGAAUGUGCUUCUGAAGGCUGGUGCGAAAAUGAGAGACAGGGGCUUCCAGGAAAGGGCUCAUACGUGCGUUAUGGAGGAUGUGAGCAACCUUCUCCUACAUCUUAAAUUGGAUGUAGGAGAAGAACAGUGAGGUACAUGCACACACAGUACAUGCACACAGCUCACGGAUACGUGUGAACAAUGACAUUCAGGUAUUGUGGACAGAGAUGAGAAGAUGUUAAAGAGCUGAAUUUUUUUUCUGAACUGUGUCGUAAUAAGUGACUGGCAUCUGCCGCUGAUGUUCAUCUCAAUGUCAUUAAAUGUACUCCAUGCAUGUUGUGACUUUUAACUCCGUUUCUUGACCUCUGAGAAGGUGAUAAAAACUAUGAGACCAGAGUACUUAACUACAGCUUGGAUAUUAGACAAUGUAAAGUGAAAGUCAUUUUGGUUUCUUUUGGUGUGGUUGCAUCACAAUCUGUAAUUAACUAUUUAUAAAUAGUUAGAAAUGACAAAGUGCAUGCUUAAGAAUUCAAAGGUUUCUUGAAAACAGUUGAAAAUAUUAUUGAAUUUAGUUUUGUCCUAUUUUAAUUACAAAAUAAAUAUUGACUAUGGCAA